AUGACCGCCAUCGAGGGUCUGUGGGAGGAGCUUGAUGCGCUCCUCCAGCAGCUGAAGGGCGGCGCUCUGGCUCGGGCUGAAGCGGCGAUUGCUGAGGCCGAGGCAGCUGUCACAAACGCCACCGCACCCCUGGAGGAGGAGCUGAGCAGGGAGGACGCCGAGCUUCAACGAGCCAUGAGCCUCAUUGAGCGCGCACAGCAGGCCGAAGACCGCGCCGCCGCCGAGAUCGAGGUCGAGCACUCCUUGCAGCAGCGUGCGGCCGUCGCAGCCCGUCUCACCGCGGCUCGUGAGGCAGCGCGGCAGGCUCAGGCAGCCUGCUGGCGACGCCUUCUGGAGGAGACUCUCGCGGAUGGUGCGGCAAAUGGCAUUAGCGACAGCGGCGUGAAGAAAUGCGGGACAAUCCCGCUGCUGGUCGAUGCCGGCGUCAUGGAGGAGGGGCUGGUCGACUCUGACUUUCAGAGAGUCAACCCCGAGGUGGCGGGCGACCCCGGCUGGCGCGAGGUGGAGGGCAGGCGCGUGGCUGCGAUGGUGUGCCACAAGCGUGCCGUAGCCGAGUCGCUGCAGCGCGCCCCGGCAGAGUGGGCUGGGCACGACAGCCCGCUGCUGAUGCUGCAUGCAGAGGUCGUCCCCCGCCCAGACGAGGGCAUGGGCCUGCUCCUCACAAAUAGCAACCUAGUCGGAGAGGUCGACCCUGGCAGCGCGGCCGAGGCGUCGGGGCUCCGCACGGGCGACCUGGUCGUCGCCACCGACGGUGGCUACCUCGGCGAGCGGCUCAUCACUCAGAUUCUUGAGCGCGGCCGCGCGUCGUACCGUUUUGGCGUCGUCCGGCCCAUCACUGUGGCGGCCUGCGAGGCGGCUAGUGACGUGGUCGCCGGCGAGGCGACGGAUGACAGAGCGGAAGCGUCGGUGCGGCUGAUCAAGCUGGCCGAGUCGCUCUCGCAGCUCCCAGGUCUCGACCAAGGCCUUCCGGGGUCGUCGGCGGAGCCGAUCAGCUCAGACAAGGAGAAGGGCGUAGCCCCGCCGACACGAGCAGUGCGUGACAGCGAGGAGGGACAGGUCGCGGGGGAGUGGGGCGGGGUGCGCUUUCUGCGGGUGGAGCCGGUGGACGGCAGCGCCAUCACAGUCGAGUGGGAGCUCAACAACGCGAGCUGCGGCCUCGAGAUCUCCCACUACCACCUCGAGUGGCGCGAGGUCGGGCGCGAGCCGCCGUGGCAAUGCACCGAUGCAAGCCGCCAGCUGCCGAUGACCACCGUCACCAAGAAGAACCUCGACCCGAGCAGCGCGUACCAAUUUCGCGUCCGAGCCUGUGAUGCGUCGGGCCACUGGCACCCCUUCUGCGCCUCAGAGGCCGCCGUCCGUCCCGAUGGCGAGCCGAGCGCACCGCCACCUGUCGCUCGUGAUGUGUCCGACAGCCUGCUCGCGCGGCAACGCCUCGAGCUGCAGGCGGCGGAGGAGGCGCGGGUCGCCACGCUGCGCGCCGAGUACGCGGAGAGGCUCGAUGAGCUCGAGCGGCGCUGCCUUGCGGCCGAGGCAGAGAUCGACCCGGCGGAGAAGGAGCGGCGCUUCGAGCGAGCCAAGGCGGAGGCGCGGACCGACGUGGAGCGUGAGGCCAACGCAAAGGUCGAGCUGGUGAUGCGCAACGCCGCCGCCGACAUCCGCGACCGGGUCAAGGCCGCCGAGGAGCGCAUGGCGCUCGCGGUGGCGCGCGCCGUCGACGAGGCGCUCAAGAAGGCCGAGGAGACCGCCGCGCAGGAGAAGCGACGCGCACUGCGGCAGCAGGAGGUGGAGCACGACACGCGAGUGGUGGCGCUGCAGACCCGACUCGGCGCCGGCGUCAAGCACGCCGCACGACAACUCGAGGGGCGGCAGAAGGAGGCUAUGGACGAGGCAGUGCGGCUCGCUGUGCUCCAGGCCGAGCAGGCGGCAGAGCAGCGGCAUGCUGCCGACCUCGAGGACGCGGUCGCUGCCGCCAUACACGAGACGGAGGCGCAGCAUCGCCACAGCCACGUCGAGCUCGAGCGGCAGCUGCUCACGCUGCGUCAGCAGCUCCACGCGACCGGGCGUAGCCUUAAGGAUAUUGAGCACGAGAAGCUCGACGUCACGGCCCGCAUGGCGGAGGAUACCAGGCUAGCGGCGGCCGAGGCGGCGGCCGUGGUGGAGGCACGAUGGCAAACCCAGGUCCGGAGGAUGGAGGAGCGAUGGAGGGCGCAGCUGCAAGAGGUUGCACAGGGCAGAGUAAGCCUGCACGAGCUGAUUCGCCUCAGCAGCGACCAGGCGGCGCCUUUGAGUGCUAGCGAGGCGAACAAGUCGGAGGCGGACGCCUUCGACUUUGAGCACUGCACGGCUAUCGUGCCGCACAACCCCUCGGCCGCACCUGCUGAGAUGAGCGCCGCUCCCCGCACAGCCUCCAUCGCGGUGGAAAAGGCGGGCGAGCGUGUCCGGCACCUUCGACAGCUCUACGACGCAGCCAUGGCGGGCGACGCGCCGGAGUCGGUCGCGACGUCCUCCUCGGCACUCGCGGAGCGACUGCGCGAGGCAUGUAGCGAGCUCGACGCCGCUCAGGAGCGUUGCGCGGUGGCGUCGCUGCGGCUGCCGUGCGUGCCCGUGGCCGCGGCGAUCGACGGGUUUAGCAUCGCCGUGGAUUGGCUGGCCGCCGACUCCGCGGACGCAGGCAAGUACCAUUUGCAAUGGCGCGAGGUCGAUGCGAUCGCGUGGUCCGAUUCCACCGCAAGCUCGCAGCUGAAGGUCACUUGUUGUACCAAAGCUGGGCUCCGCACGCACGUCGCGUACGAGUUUCGCGUGCGCGCCGCCGCCACCGCGCAUUCGGUCUGGGGACCGUGGAGCGCGCCUUCCGAGCCGACUAAGCCGUCGCUCACCGCCGCUAAGCUGCCGUCGCGCCCGCUGGUGAAGCCCACCGCGGGCGGGCGAGUGGCGGUGAGUUGGGCGCCGCCGCAGCUGUCGGGGAGGUUGGUGCAGUACGAGCUGCAGUGGAAGCGGGCAGGCGCCGACAGCUGGAGCGAGGACGACCGCGCAACGUGCAUCGAGCCUUUCCACACCACGGAUCCCCUGCAGCUGACGUCGAUCUACGUGUUUCGCGUGCGGGCCGAGCUGCAGGGGUACGCGCGAAAGACUUGGACCGAGUGCGGCCCCUUCUCGGCGCCGGUCCGCCCCACCCUGCAGAUGGCGCCGAGCCAAGGGGACCGCCAGGAGGGCGGGCGAGGUCGCGUGGCGGCGGCGCACCAACGACCGGGGGUCUGGAGCCGCACCAAGCUGAUGGGCCUCGACUGA